AUGAGUGUUUCUGAAUCCAUCAAGCCGCUUUUUGCGCAGAUCGACAAGCUCAAGCCAGAGUAUAUCACCAGACUGGCCAACGCCGUUGCCAUUCCUUCUGUUUCGGGCGAUGAAUCUCUCAGACCCAAGGUGUUUGCAAUGGCCGAUUUCCUGAAAUCCCAGCUCGAAUCGUUGGGGGCUGAAGAUAUACAGCUUCGUGAUCUCGGUAUUCAACCACCUCCAGUUUCGGACCCAAAAUUACAAUUGCCUCCAAUUGUAUUGGCUCGUUUCGGUAAGAAUCCAGCCAAGAAAACUGUCUUGGUUUACGGCCACUACGACGUCCAACCAGCAUUACUUGAGGACGGCUGGAAUACAGACCCAUUCAAGCUCGUUGAGAAGGACGGCAAACUUUACGGCCGUGGUUCCACCGACGACAAAGGUCCUGUGAUCGGUUGGUUGAACGCAAUCGAGGCGCACAACAAGUCCGGAAUUGAGCUUCCUGUCAACCUUGUUUGUUGUUUUGAAGGUAUGGAGGAAAGCGGAUCUUUGGGUCUUGACGAAUUGGUUGCCCAGGAGGCAGACAAGUACUUCAAGGGCGUCGACACCGUUUGUAUCUCUGACAACUACUGGCUUGGAACCAAAAAGCCAGUGCUCACAUACGGUCUGCGUGGAUGCAGCUACUACCAGGUCAGUGUCAGUGGACCUGGCGCCGACCUCCACUCCGGUAUCUUUGGAGGUGUUAUCCACGAGCCAAUGACCGAUCUAUUUAACGUCUUGUCCAAGUUGGUCGACACCAACGGAAACAUUUUGAUUCCAGGUGUGAACGAGAUGGUGGCCCCAGUCACCGAGACAGAGGAGGGAUUGUACGAGAAGAUCGAAUUCGACGUUGACGAAUUGAAUCUUGCUUCGGGCUCCAAGACUGCCAUUUACCAGGACAAGAAGAACAUUUUGAUGCACAGAUGGAGAUACCCUUCUCUUUCCUUGCACGGAAUUGAGGGUGCGUUCUCUGGUGGAGGAGCUAAGACCGUCAUUCCAGCUAAGGUUGUUGGUAAAUUCUCUAUCAGAACUGUUCCAGACAUGGACCCACGUAAAUUGGACGAGUAUGUGUUCAAGUUCGUGAAGGAGAAAUUCGCCGAGCUCAAGUCUCCAAACCAGCUCAACGUCGAACUCAUCCACGAUGGAAACUACUGGGUUAGUGAUCCAUUCAAUGAAGCAUUCACUGCCGCUAGCAAAGCCACCAAGCUCGUGUGGAACGUUGAGCCAGAUCUCACCAGAGAAGGUGGUUCUAUUCCAAUCACCUUGACGUUCGAAGAACAACUCAAGACCAAUGUCCUGCUUCUGCCAAUGGGUAAGGGUGACGACGGUGCUCACUCGAUCAAUGAGAAGAUCGACGUUGCCAACUAUUUGGAAGGUGUCAAGACCCUGAGUGCCUACCUGCACUUCUAUGGUGCAGGAAGCGACAGCAAAUAA